AUGCACCCGGCGCAGCCGCCUUUCCCCAUGGCGCAGUACGCGCUGCACUACCACCACGCCGUCCCGAUGCCGCCGCCGCCGCCGCCGCCCGGCAUCCCGGUCCGCACGGUAUGGGAGGACAACCUGGAGCCCGAGCUGGUCUUCCUCCGCAACUUCGCGGCGAACGCCCGCUACGCCGCGGUGACCGUCCACUACCCCGGCGUCGUCCACGGCGCCCAGCAGAGCCACGGCCUGAUGACGGCGGAGGCGCGCUACGCCACGAUGAAGGCCAACGCCGACGCCCUCAAGCCCAUCCAGCUGGGCCUCGCCGUCUACAACGACUUCGGCCACGUCGCCGCCUGGGAGUUCAACCUCCGCGGCUUCCACCCGGCCGCGGACCCGCACGCGCCCAGCUCCGUCGAGUACCUCAAGCGCCGCGGCCUCAGCUUCCGGGACCACCAGGCGCACGGCGUCGCCGCGGCGAGGCUCGCCGCGGGGCUCGACGGCUGCGGCCUGUUCCGCCGCCCGGGGGUGUCGUGGGCCACCUACGCCGGCGCGUACCACGUCGCCUACCUCCUCAAGAUCCUGUCCCUGGGCAACAACGGCGGCGGCGGCGCGCUGCUCCCCGACAGCCUGGGCGGGUUCCUCGACGCCGUUAGGCAGUGCCUCGGCGAGGACGUCUACGACGUGGUACGGAUGGCCGCCGACCGCGGGCUGCCGCCCGGGCUGGAGCGCGUCGCGGCCGACCUCAGCUUGGUUCCGGCGGCCCUGAGCCCCCGGCUCGCCGGCGCUGGCAGCGUGCUCGCGCUGCAAGCGUUCAUGAGACUCAAGUACUAUGAGUUCGGCGGCGAGGUGAACAGGUUCAGAGGCCUUAUCCAUGGGAUACAGGUCACUUAACCAUCGUGGGUCACUUGGUGGAUGCCUACUUUAGUUAGAUUGGGAAGGUUUAACCAGAGUCUUUCUGAUCCAUUCGGCAACAGAUAGAUGGUUAGAAGCAAGCUGGCUAUGCAGAUUUAGCUUUUAUCAUUUAGUUCUAUGUAUCUGUGGGAGCAAGCAACUACAGACCAAGUUAGGGCAAUUAAUGUUCUUUCCCUUUAUUUUGUACAAGAAAAAAAGAAAAAAAGACAAAAAAAGGAGAGGAAAACAUAGAGUUGAUGGUCGGGUGAUCUUGUACUCGAAGAGUCCAAGCAACCAUAUGCAUGAUGAGCUGAAAGGCGUCACCAGGGGUACCAAGCCGGCGCCACAAGCUCGAUCAACUGCAUAGUAUCGACUUAGUUUGGCAAGAGAGGCUUUCUUUUUGUUUUUUUUGGAAAAUUUGGCAAGAGAGAUAAUGCU